GCCACCACCAAAUUCCACCCAAAAAUCACUAGCCUCUAUGGCGAACUUUUGACUUCAUAUACCUGAGCGAGAGUGGCAAGAAUAACCACCAGAGUGGCGUUAUCCUCUCAAUCUUGCCAAGAAAUUCCACCCUUUUGGACUGCAAAUUGUCGCUCUCUAAAUGAUGGAGCUACCCCCGCCUAUGACGAAACUACGUGUCGUUUAUGGGGAGUUGACGUUCCACCAAUACGAAUCGACGAGUAGUUUCGUGAGCUUGGCUGCCUCCUCUUCUUUAAAGGAAAGUAGAAUUAGAAGGGUUCAGCGUUUUAGAGAGCCAGAGAGAGAGCAAUGGAUCAAUCAUUCAGUGGAGGAGGGAGCUGGACAGUGAUCCCAAGCGUUCCGACACACAGUGGCUCGCCUGCACACUCAAAUCAAGACCAGUUUUACCUCUCUCCACAGCAGCAACAACCACAAUUUACUCAGUUUCAGCAGCAGCAGCAGCAGCAGCAGUUUAACCAACAGCAACAACAAUUUCAACAGCAGCAGCAAUAUCAGCAACAACAGCCCCAGCAACAACGUUUUAUUCAACAACAGCAACAACCGCAAGUGCAGCAACAGAACCAUCACCACCAAUCAUUGGCUUCACACUUUCAUCUCUUACAAUUGGCGGAGAACUUAGCUGAUGCUAUUGAGAAUGGAACUCGGGAUCAGCAUUCUGAUGCUUUGGUCACUGAAUUGAACACUCACUUUGACAAGUGUCAGCAGCUGUUGAAUUCCAUUUCAAGCUCAAUUAAUGCUAAAGCCAUGACAGUUGAGGGACAAAAGCGAAAGCUGGAGGAGAGUGAACAAUUGCUAAAUCAAAGGAGGGAGCUAAUCGGCAAGUACAGAAAUUCUGUUGAAGAGCUUCUCAAGUCUGAGCCAUGACUGCUUUUCCCCCUCGAGCACAGGUGAAUCAAAACAAACUGGCUAGCUUGAGACGAUUUGUCACAAUUUAAGUCUACAUAAUAGUGCAAAGAUAUAUCCGAGUUUGGAGCUUGUUAGAGAUGUGAAUUUGCACACCACCUGAAAUUGGCACGCUGAUUUGCAACAAGAAAGUUUUUGAUGGUUUCCUUGCAAAAGAAAAGUUGAUGAUGAAUCAUCGGUUUCAAUUACUCUUAAUUGCUUUUUAUGUCAUUUCUGGUUUCAAACUGCAAACAACUCAGUAACACUUGCUCUAGGAUUUUGUUGUUAUUCGAACUGUCCGUGCAUUAUGUACCAUAUAUUUGAACUGUCCGUGCAUUAUGUAGAUCUAUACAAAAUGAUCAUCAUUUGAAUAGUUUGUGUUGUGAAAAUCAAAUCAUCCUUUUUUUUUA